UGACGACGACGACGACGGUGGUGAUCAUUUUGCAAUCGAUCGUUUUUCUGGGAGUGAUUUUGUGAUCGUUUCACAGAUUCGUUGAUCUUCCGUGUGCUCCAAAAAGUGAUUUCCGUAGUUCUGCUGAAACGUUAGUACGUUGAUCGCCAUCUUGCUAGCUGACAAGUCGCUUUACUUCGAACGUGAAACCACAGAAUCGGUGAUCGGCGAAGGUGCAGCGCGAGGAUUGCAUUGCGUGGCGCGAGUGUGCUCGAUUGCACAAGCACCAGCGCACCACGGAACACGGCGAUCGAGGAUCGAGUGUUGCUGUUCUAGUGCCACGAGGUGGUGUGAUCUGCAGCUCGGUGAGAAGCUCGUACAUCGGUUGGUGCUUCUCGAGACCAAAAGUGUUGACAGUGGCCCCCUUUUUUAAUGCCUGUGUGUUUGUGUUAAACCUGCGCGGAAACGGAAGCGAAAGCCAAAGGCGCUGGCGCCAGCGUAACUCGUAAGUGAAUCGUGUUCGUCCGCGUGUUCCGCGGUGGUCCACCACUUUGGGAAGGAAGUACCCAACAGUUGAAAGUGAUCCCUGGGCAGCUCAGCUCAGGUGGCGUGACCACGCACACGCACACUCACUCGUUAGACAGACAGACGGUUGCUGCUGGUGCUGCUGCUGCUGCUACCACCAAGCAACAAGUGGUGAGGAUCUAUCAGGCGUAGUCGGUUUCGAUCGGAGGGAACGGAAGGAACACAACAGCCAAGGUGCUUCAGACCGUGCUUGGCCACCGCAAGGCGGAAGGACACCCACCGCCCCUCCGGGAAGAUCGUCAACAGAAUGGCCACGCUGGCUCGGUUUUCCUCGGUGUACCUUCGACCAUCCAGCCAUCAGCGCCAUCCGUUGCUAGGCAGCCAUUGGCCACAGUAGUGAGCGAGCGAACGCGAACGAAGUGAUCCUGUCUGCCUUCAAGGAGUGGAAGGCGAAUCACGAAAAACAAAGAGACGAAAAGCAAGAAAAAAGGGAAAACAUCCCCAAGACACCCCCCGACUGCCAGCAACUGGUGGACCAUUAAUUGAAAUUCAACCAGAGUGGGCAGCUGCGGUGACAACGAGACACGCCAGCGCACCGCAAGCGCACAGAAGCGCGAACUGAAACACGGACGAACGAACGGACCACCACCACCACCAACACCGGAGGCCACCACAACGGAGGAGGAAUGACGAAUUUAAACAAGCUCAAGGUGGUCGUCAUUGGCAGCGCCAAAGUGGGCAAGUCAGCCGUCACGGUGCGUUAUCUCACGAAGCGAUACAUUGGCGAGUACAGCUCAUCGAGAGAUUUUCUCUACCGGCACAGUGUCAUUUACGACAACAUCACGACGGAGGUGGAAAUUAUGGACACAUCGCGAUGUGAUAAACGAGGGUGUCUGUAUGAACAUCUGCGCUGGGGUGAUGCCUUCGUGGUCGUCUACUCGAUCUGUGAUAAAGCGAGCUUCGAGGAUGCGGCCGACUAUCUGCAGCAGUUGACGAAGCUGAAGCUGCCCUCCUACUACACACUGCUGCUGCUCGGCAACAAAAGUGAUCUCGAUCAUGCACGAGAAAUAUCGGUUAACGAUGGGCAGGAACUAUCGUUCCGGUACUCGUGCCAGUUCUACGAAGUGUCGGCCGCCGAAAACUUUGCCGGCGUAUCGCUCGCCUUCCACUCGCUGAUACGGGAAGCACGAUCAACGCAGCUGUUUCGAGCGUUACCAUUGCGCCGGAAGCUCGGUGUAAACAGCGUGUCCAAGGCACUUGGCAAUAUCUUCGGCAAAAACAGUAAAGGGGAACGAAAGAAACGCCCAUCGCUUAGUAUAUGACCCUCGACGGUGGCUACCGUAACGGGCUGAAACUGGUUCGGCGUUCGUCGGUGUUUCUGCCCUCUGUACAUAAUGGAAAUCGACGACGUUGAUUCUAAGAGUUAGUGAUUAAUCAUUGUGAAACCAGCCAUUCCUGAGGAGGUACAUCCUCGUACACGUAAUCUGUAAGCCUAGCCGGAACCGCAUCCUUGUGACGAAUGGCAACGCACGUCCAUGUUUAGUUUUAGAGUGCACUUCUGUCGAUUGGAAGUUGCAGGACGUUCCUAUUAAUUAAUUUGCUAAGAAUAGCCCUCUGUGACGAACUGACGACGACGUACUCAGAACCAGAUAUCCGCUAAUGAAAGACCAUAUACUGAGACUCUAGGUCGCGUAUUCGUAAGCAUUGCUUUGGAUAAGAAAUAAAAUGCAAAUCGAUGGAAACAUAA